CCCUUUCGUCAAUCAGCAAGCAGCAUGAGCAAGCGGGCAGGCCGUGCACGGAGCUUGAGCCCCCAGCGGGAGAUGACGGGGCCGUCACCCAACCCACGGACACCGUCGGAGGUCGAGGGCAACCGGUUCCCGGACUCGCCGCCGGCGGCCAAGACGGCGAAAGCGGGCAGCAGCUUCCGCCUUGACGUGCAGGGCAGCUUCCACAACGUCGUCAAGCUCGUGCAAACGGCCUUUGUCGAGCGGGACGGCGAGAUGGCCUCGGGCUGGAUGCUUCUCGAGACCGACGCCGGGCAGAUCGACGCGCUCGACGCGGCGCUUGACACGGUCCGCGACGCCUUCCUCUUCUCGACGUCGUUGACCGAGAACAAGCUCGAUCUGAGCGCGCAGUCGAUCAUCUCGCGCUGCGAGAAAGUCGCCGAGCGUAUCGUCGACCAGACCGACAUGCGCGACGUCCUUAGCACCAACUGGUCGGACAUGAACGUCUUUGCCAACCUCUCGAACAACCUCAAGGAGAUCAAGGGGCUUGUCAUUACGCCCGUCGUGCGCCGGGACAAGGCGGCCGAGCGCAAGAUCGGCAAGCGCAUCGAUCGCUUCGUCGCACUCAUGACGACGUCGUUCCAGUCCCUUCGCACCGACAUUGCCAACCACCUCGGCGAACUCGACGCGAUUCUCGUCGAAUGCAAUGCGCUCCUGGUUGAUGUCAUCACGUUCCUGCACAUGCGUGGCCGCACCGCCGACUUCAGCGGCACGGGCGUCGCUGCUGGUGCUGCCGGCCUCAUUGCUGGCGUCCUCAUUACGACCGCAGCGAUGCUCACGGUCCCUGUCUCGGGUGGCCUCAGCGUGCCCUUCCUCGUCGCGGGCAAGAGCCUCAUGGUCUCGGGCGCCGCGACGCUCGCGCCUUGCGGCCUCAUGCUUCAGAGCCACGAAAAGCAGCUCAAGGGCCUCACCGACCUCGUCAAGUGCCUCAAGGCGCGGAUCGAGAUCAUGCACGCACGCCGGGACGUGCUUGUCAUGGGCCUCAACGCGUGCACGGAAGCCGACUUUAACAUUCAGCAAGUCGGUCUUUUCUGCCAAGACGCGACAGAGCUCGAACUCUCGUCCUACGACAACUCAUUGCCGUUCAUGACGCUCGUCGAGGCCAAGAUGAUGGUGCUCGAAGAGAGCAUGGAAGCGUUUGCAUCGAGCCCGUCCAUCUUUCACUACUGCCACGAAGAACAAGAUGACAGCGGGCUUCUACUUCCGGACGACGAGGCCAAAUAAGGCGACUUCGACUAACUAAAUUGGAUGAUAUACUUGCUUCUUCGUCGUCGUCGACCCUGACGCGUUC